AUGGCGAGUCGAGGGGGGCGCAGCGGGGGGCGGGCGAACCCCAACGCCGCUCAGGUGGGUUAUGGCGGCGUCGGCGGCGGCGGGGAGUACUACGGAGGCCGCGGUGGCGGCAAUGCUGAUGGCGGCGCUGGCCGCGGGCGCGGGUACAACCAAGGGGGCGGUGAUGGUGGCGGCCAUGGCCGUGGCUACUACCAAGGCGAUGGCGGCGGCGGGGGUCGAGGACGUGGGUACCAGGGUUACCAAGGCGGCGGCGAUGGUGGUGGCCGUGGCCGAGGACGUGGCUACCAAGGCGGCGGUGAUGGUGGAGGCCGCGGCCGUGGCUACCAAGGGGAUAGCGAUGGCGGACGCGGCGGCCGAGGCCGUGGUGGCUAUCAGCAGGGCGGCAACGACUACGGCCGCGGCCGUGGUGGGGAUUACCAGGUCGGCAACGACUACGGUGGCGGCCGUGGUGGCUAUCAAGGAGGUGGCGAUGGCGGCCGAGGCCGAGGCCGUGGCCGUGGCGGGUACCAGCAGGGCGGCAACGACUACGGCGGCGGCCGUGGUGGUUAUCAGGGCGGCAACAACUACGGCGGCGGCCGAGGAGGAGGCCAGAACCAACCCGUCCCGAAUCUGCACCAAGCCACGGGUCCUCCUCUAUCGGAUCGCUACGCCGCUGAGGCAGCCCAGCUCCGGGAGCAGUUCAAGGGGCUGGACAUCAACCGUGCUGAGCCGACGUUCCCGGCGCGCCCCGGGUUUGGCACCGCCGGGAGGUCCUGCGUGUUGAGGGCGAACCACUUCUUCGUCGGCCUCGUUGACAAGGGCCUGCACCAAUACGACGUGGCCAUCUCGCCGGAGCCGACCCUGCCGAGCGUUUACCGAGUUGUCAUGUCGAGUCUUGUGUCCGAGCACCAGCACACCAGCCUCGGUGGUCGCCUCCCCGCUUACGAUGGCCGCAAGAUCCUGUACACGGCCGGCGAGCUGCCCUUCAACAGCAAGGAGUUCGAGGUCACCUUGUCUGACAAGAUAGGUUCAUCUGGCCCAAGGAGGGAGAAAAAAUAUAACGUGACAAUCAAGCACACCAACUUGGUCAGCCUGCAGCAGCUCCAGAUGCUCAUGGCUGGGUUCUCGACAGACAUACCAGCGCAGGCGCUGACGGUCCUCGACAUUGUUCUGCGGGACAUCGUGCUCAACGAGCGCAAUGACAUGGAGUACGUCAAGGUAGGUCGGUCCUUCUUCUCGUGGAAGAUUGAGAGGCCCACGAACCUAGGCCUGGGUAUUCAAGGAUGGGCGGGGUUCUACCAGAGUAUCAGACCUACCCAGAGUGGAUUGUCUCUAAACAUAGACGUGUCUUCCACUGCUUUCGUUCAAGCAAUGCCGUUGAUUGACUUUGUGGGAGAGAUUCUGAAGAGAAACGGUGUCAUAAACAGUAUUACUGAUUAUGAUUAUGUGAAGAUAAAGAAGGCCCUCAGGGGUUUGAGGAUUGAAGUCACGCACCGAGGAGAGAUGCGCAGAAAAUACCGCAUUUCUGGCUUGACAAAGCAGUCUACCAGAGAUUUGAGGUUCGAAUCGUCAACUGGCGUAUCCAAGACUGUCAAGGAAUACUUUAGAGAAACCUACAACCUGCAACUACGUUACGAUUUUCUCCCAUGCCUGCAAGUUGGUACAGAGCAGAAACCAAACUAUCUACCAAUGGAGGUUUGCAAUAUAGUUUUGGGACAGCGGUACCAAAAGAAGCUGGAUGAAACUCAGGUUACUAAUAUGAUGGCGAUAACCUGCAAGCGUCCAUCUGCGCGUGAGACAUCCAUUCACAAAAUUGUCCAAAAAAACAAUUACAAUAGCACCAAACGUGCAAAUGAAUUUGGUAUAGAAGUUGACUAUAAUCCAACUUCUGUUCAGGCCAGAAUUCUGACUGCUCCAGUGCUUAAGUACUAUGGUUCUGGCUCUAACAAAUGCGUCCCAAAUAAUGGGAAGUGGAACAUGGUCGGAAAGAAAGUUGUAAAUGGUGCCAAGGUUGUGAAUUGGCUAUGUGUAAACUUUUGUCAUAAUUUGUCUCUGGAUGACGCUGGUCAAUUCUGCUUCAAUCUGAGUGCCAUGUGCCGCACUACCGGACUGAGCUUCCAAGAUGGGAAUCCUAAAAUAUCCUAUGUUCGUCCUGAACAAGUUGAAGCUGCUCUCAAGGAGAUAUGUCUGCAAGCGCGGGCAGUUCAAAAGAUUGACCUCUUAGUUGCUCUGCUGCCAGAUAAAAAUGGCAGCCUAUAUGGUGAUAUUAAAAGGAUCUGUGAAACAGACAUUGGUGUGAUGUCGCAGUGUUGUCUACGGAAAAAUGUCUUGAACUCAUCUCCUCAGUGUCUUGCAAAUGUUGCUCUAAAGAUCAAUGCCAAGUGUGGGGGAAGGAAUUCAGUAUUUGCUGAUAUACCAGCAAGUUUACCAGUUGUUUCAAACAAGCCGACCAUUAUAUUUGGCGCCGAUGUUACUCAUCCUAAUGCUCUAGAUGAUUCUGCCCCUUCCAUUGCUGCUGUUGUUGCUUCCCAAGACUGGCCUGAGGUAACCAAGUAUCAUGGUGAUGUUCACGCACAAGGUCACCGCGAAGAGCUUAUCCAAGGCCUUGAGGACAUUGUUAAGGAUGGUGUAAGUGAGGGACAGUUCAGACAGGUUUUGGAGAAGGAAAUUCCGGAGAUUGAAAAGGCAUGGAAGUCUUUAUACAAUGAGAAGGCACCUAUUACCUUCAUAGUGGUGCAGAAGAGGCAUCACACAAGACUGUUCCCAAGUGAUUCCAAUCAAGACACGGCUGGAAAUGUUCUUCCAGGCACAGUGGUUGAUACGAAGAUAUGCCACCCAACUGAGUUUGAUUUCUUCCUAUGCAGCCAUGCUGGGAUCAAGGGAACAAGCCGUCCUACGCAUUACCAUAUCCUGCGAGAUGACAAUAACUUCACUGCUGAUGCCCUUCAGUCUCUUACAAACAACCUAUGCUACACGUAUGCAAGUUGCACGCGCUCGGUGUCGACUGCUCCUCCUGCAUACUAUGCUCAUAAACUCGCAUUCCGAGCUCGAUUCUACCAAACCCUGGGCUCGGAUGUUGCAUCUGAGGUAAGCUCAAGCAGUGCAGCUCCACCUGGUGUGAUGAAGCCACUUCCUGAGAUCAAAGAUGAGCUGAAAAGGCUCAUGUUCUACUGCUAGUCCCUCUAAACCUGAAGAAACCCGAAGAGCUUGGUCUUUGAAGGAUAAGACC